GAAGGGAACACGUGAGCAGUGAUUCCUUUGUGGAGGACGGUUCUUUUGUUUACUUUCUUUUUCCUCUUCAACAAUGUCUAAGGCUAAUCCUCUGAGAGAGUUUAUCAGUCAGCGACUAACAGCAGCUGCUGUAGAAAUAUUCUCAGAGUUUGAAAAAACCAUCUUGGAGUAUGAAGAAGAGCUCGACCGUCAGCGCAGACUGUUGGACCUCGCCUGGAAACCUGAAAUCAGACUCCACAGAGUCGAACUCCCACGAGAGAAUGUUUGUAAGGUGGAGGAGGACGGGGUUUUCAGUGACCAGCACCUCGAUAACCUGGAGAGGAGCUGCAGCCCGGACCAGGAGGAACCAGAGAGGAGCUGCAGCCCGGACCAGGAGGAACCAGAGAGGAGCUGCAGCCCGGACCAGGAGGAACCAGGGCAUCCACAGACUACAGAACUGGAGGAAGACUCCAGUCGUCAGGAGAUCAAGCACGAGGACGUAGAGGUGGAUGUCUCAUUGGUCAAUGUCGCUGAUGUGAAAGUUGAAAAUGGUGAACCAGGACCAAACUGUGGCCAGCUGCCGUUGCACACUUCUCCUGAAGCCCAAAUCAAGGAUGAGGAAGGAACUGAAAGUUUACGCUCAGACUCCAGUAAAACUGCAGAUGAGAAUACAUCUGACCACGAAUAUGUCCCGUCAGACAGCAACUGUAAAUCAAGGCUGACCAGGACCCACACGAGGAAGAAGGCGUUUUCUUGCAGCACCUGCAGUAAAAAGUUCAGUUCAAGUCGUUAUUUAAAGAAUCACGUGAGGAUCCACACUGGCGAGAGGCCGUACCUGUGCAACACCUGCGGAAAAUCGUUUAGUGAAUCAAAAACAUUCAAGCAGCAUAAAAUGAUACACACGGGCGAGAAGCCCUACGUCUGCAAAACAUGUGGAAAACGUUACAGGCAAAAACCCCACCUGGUGGGUCACUUGAGGAUCCACACGGGUGAGAUGCCCUACAUCUGCAAAACAUGUGGAAAAGGUUACAGGCAAAAUUCCCACCUGGUGGUUCACUCGAGGACUCACACUGGCGAAAGGCCGUACCUUUGCAACACCUGCGGAAAAACCUUUGCUGUAUCAACACUUCUUAAACGCCACAUAACCACGCACACGGGCGAGAAGCCCUACAUCUGCAAAACAUGUGGGAAGAGUUACAGGCAACGUGCCCAACUGGUGGUUCACUCGAGGAUCCACACCGGCGAAAGGCCGUACCUUUGCAACACCUGUGGAAAAACCUUUAUUGAUUCAUCAGCUCUUAAAAGCCACAUAAACACGCACACAGGCGAGAAGCCCUACAUCUGCAAAACGUGUGGAAAAGGUUUCGCACAACGUUCCAACCUCGUGGUUCACUUGAGGACCCACACCGAUGAAUGUUCAUACCUGUGCAACACCUGCGGAGAACCCUUUCCUAAUUUUUCAGAUCUUAACCAGCAUCUAACCACGCACGCCGGUGAAUGUCCGUACAUUUGCAGCACCUGCGGAGAAUCCUUUCCUAAUUUUUCAGAUCUUAACCAGCACCUAACCACGCACGCCGGCGAGAAGCUAUAUUUGUGCGAGACGUGCAACGAAGGUUUUGAUUCCAUAAUUGAUUUGCUGAGUCACAUGAAAAGUCACCCGGAGGAGCAGCUGUCCACUCCUGUCUGGCCCACAGAAGAAGAACCCGCAGAAGUCCAACCACCACCUCCGGAGGAGCAGGUGUCCACUCCUGUCUGGCCCACAGAAGAAGAACCCGCAGAAGUCCAACCACCACCUCCUGUGGCUGAUGAGCCUAAUCCCCUCCCCACAAUGGUUGCAGGAUCAACCCAGACUUAUGCUUCUCGGGCAACUUGACGCAGAGAGAACGAUGUGGUUGUGUACUUUUUUUAAAGUUCUGCCUUGAGUUUGUUUGAAUCCCUGUUCCUUCUUAAAAUCGUAUAAUUUGUUGCUGUUGGUAACUUGCCGUCUCCACGGUGCAAAUAAAGAGCUGUUAGUAUGUGCUGAACUUUCUUUAUACGUGACAGUUUAUUUCGUUCAUCUACAAAACCUCUCUCACACGUCGUUUUUUCCCGUCUGUUUCUUCACUCACAUUCUCUUUGUAAAAUUAAUCUGCAGCUCCAUGUUGUUAAACUCUCCAUCUACACCAUUUUGAGGUUAUAUAUUGUGACGUCAUACAUAGUUCGCUAAAAACUGUAAAAGGCUUUAUGCAUUUUGAAAUCUGUAAUCUGUAAGUAAUUUCAUUUUUGUAAGAGCGUGUAAACUGAUGGUAUCCUGAGUUAAAUAUACCAGCUGUGCCUCCCGCCCUCAUCUCCCCUCUGUGGGGUUGCUGGUGGCCUGGGUUCCGGGUUCUUCCUUGUCGGCCUCUGGUCUCGCGGGUGGCGGGGUUGCUUCCCCCCCCCCCCCCCCCCUCCCCCACCACACACACACACACACACACACACACACACACACACACACACACACACACACACACACACACACACACACACACACACACACACACACACACACACACACACACACACACACACACGCACGUGUGUGUGUGUAUAUAUAUAUAUAUUCAUACAUGCACACAUACACACACAUAGCCACACAUAUACAUGUAUACACACACAAAUAGUCAUAUACAUACACGCACACACACACAUAGACGUACACACUGGGUUGUUCACCUGCACGCUUGCUCUGUAGUUUUUGGGGUUAGUUAGUCGCGGUAGGUUAGUAGCCUAGCUUAGACCCCCCUCCCUCCCCUCUGCCACGGACCCCCAGUAUGUAGUUAUUAUGUAGUUAUUUCCAGAGCGGCUCGGUCCCCGCUGUGUGUGAGAGCGGGGAGCAGAGCGUCGGUCCGGGCUGCUGCUGCAGGACUCUCCGCCCAGCAGCAUCAGCCCGCAGGGACACGUGAAGCCGCACUGAAGAGCCGCAGCAGCUCCGGCUUGGAAGCAGUAUGGGGGUCCGUGGGGAUG